AAAAAAAUGUACAAGGAAUAGUUCAUGUCUUUACGACUAAUUUUUCAGAGUUAAGGAUCAAGAAAUAUCAUAAUAAAUCUGAUUCAGUAAAGAAGGCCUAUGGCUUCAGAGUAUCAUAUACUAAUCCAAAGUUUGAGCAGAGAAUGAUCAAUUUUUUCAGAAAAGUGGAUAUGAUAAUUUUCAUCAUAGAACCUAUUUCUAAGUCUAAUGAAAAUAUUGUAUCAUUAUCUCAAGCCAUAAAGGUGAAUUUCUUUAUCAUUAAAGCAGGGGAGAUUUCAGAUAUAGCCAAUGCUAAUAUUCUUAAUUGUGAGACUACUAAAUUUUUGGAAAACAAGCUGAAGAAAACUUUAAAAGAGAUAUGCUCUUUAAACUGA